UCACAAUCAAAAAAUCGAGGGUGAUAGUAAAUUACGUUUUCUAUCGUUUAUCGUUGUACGGGAUAGAUUUUCUCUCUCUGGAAGCUUCUGUGAAGACUGGCCUGAAUUGAUCUCUCCGAGUCGCAGCUAUGAGCGACGAUUUCGCGUUUUCUGAUAAGACUGCUGAAACCAAAGGCUUCAACCCAGGAUUGAUUGUGCUGCUGGUUGUUGUGGGGCUUCUACUUGCAUUCUUUGUGGGGAAUUACAUCCUGUACUUGCAAGCGCAGAAGACCCUACCUCCAAGAAAGAAGAAGCCAAUCUCUAAGAAGAAGAUGAAGAAGGAGAAACUGAAGCAAGGUGUAUCAGCACCAGGGGAGUAGGAAUACAGGCCUUGUUUUCACUGUUUCUUCACUGUUAAACUUUUCUGUCAAAAAUUUGUGUCCAUGUUUGAACUCGACAGAGUCGACUUUGUUGUCUCUCUCAUGUUCAGUUUGUACUGGCUAGGACAAAAGUCUCAUAAGUAGAAUUGACAUCCCAUACUAAGCCAUAAGGUACAAUAGAGUUUGUUUCUCAACAUUGCAUGUUGUUGGCUCAUCUUUAAGAAUGCUGCCUCAUUUGAUUGCU